AUGACGAUAAAAAAUCAAAUCGGAUGCAGCAGGAAGCGUAAACGCACUCCGGAGAAUGACAUGAUGGCGUUCAUUGACGAUGAUUCCCUGAUGGAUGACUCGAUAAAAGAAGAAGAGUCACAAGAUUUAUCGUCCUCCUCAUCUUCGCUGUUUACUCGCCCGCAUAUGCUUAACGGUUGGAGCGAGUCAUCUGCUAGGAAUGGAGAAUCUUCGAGUUGUAAUUAUAAAUCAUCCUCGUCGAAUGAUUCUCCUAAAAAUCAUUCGUCAACGUCUAAUGUCAAUAAUAUUAAUAAUAAUAAUAAUACUCCAGCUAGUAGCAUUAAUGGUGAACACUCAGCAGGACACGGUUCACCACUUCGUACGAGCUUAAAUUUACAAUUACGUUCAUACGCAACGCCAAAGCCCCGUGUUCAGGAGUGUCCGAUGUGUCCAUUUAGUUCCGACAAUCCCUCAAAACUAGAAGAGCAUAUUAAUCGACAGCACUUUGAUCUCACUUCACCGUCAUUUCCUCCAGAGUCACCGCCUACUCGUGAUGGCUCAUACAAUUGUCCUCUGUGUGUAACAUCGUUUCCUAACCCGUCAGACCUUGAAUUACAUGUCAACAUAGAGCACAAAGAUAUUCUCAGUCCAGCAAAAGGUACAACAUCAACCCCCGAGGUGUCAUCAAACGAGCCACCAGCAUGUCCAGUGUGCCUGAGCACGUCUUUCCGCACAAACGAAGAGCUAACCGUCCACAUAGAAGAGCACUUUGCAAAGAAAAGCAGCACACCCUCGCCGAUAGACGUCGCAGACAGUUCUCUGACGUCAAGCGACCGGAUGCUGGCCCGGGACAUGGAACGCCGGGAGAAGGAGGUUAGAAAACUACGGGAGCAAAGAGAAUUUGAGAUGCUCCGAGCUCAGUACGGAAUGGACAACCAGGGGAACUUCCGGGAGCAAAGUGUGACAAACAUGCAGCGCGCGGUUUACGCUGGAGAGAUGACUGUUGCUGAUUACUACGAGCGGCAGAUAGAGCUAAAAGCUGCAGAGAACAACGGGAUUGAUGACGGGAGUUCGUGUACCCGCGGACUGGUUUCGCGGGUACGAGCAGUCUCCCAAGCUUGCCACAACGUUAUCAACACCUGGAUGUGUUCAACAGUGGACCACUACGCCUCUACCUACGGAGACAAGGGCUGGGGCUGCGGGUACAGAAAUACCCAGAUGCUGAUUUCUUCCCUGCUGCAGCACACUGGCUUCAACGAGCUGGUGUACCGCGCCUGGAGCUCAGUAGCCGCCGGUUCUACGGCGAAUCCCAUGCGCAGCUCCAUGCCCUCGAUAUCAAGGCUCCAGAGGAUGAUCGAGUGGGCCUGGUCGCUCGGUUUCGACGUUCAAGGUGCUGAGCAGCUCGGAGGAAAGCUCGUCAACACCAGAAAGUGGAUUGGAGCCACCGAAGUCGUCACGCUGCUGUCCAGUCUCAGGAUACGCUGCCAGCUCGUGGACUUUCAUCGGCCAACUUCUCCUGAUGGAAGUCACCCGGAGAUGUUCCAGUGGGUCCUUCAGUACUUUCAGAGGAAUGACGAGUUCAAGCCACCGCUCUAUCUUCAGCAUCAAGGACACAGCAGGACUAUCAUGGGGGUUGAACAAUUAAGAGAUGGCUCUAUUACUAUGCUCGUUCUGGAUCCUAGUCACACUCCCGUCCAGAUGGGACAGUUUAAUAGCACGAGCAGUGCGCCUGGUGCUAUGCGGUUGAUCAGGAAGUCCACCGCUGCUAUGAAGGCUAGACAGUAUCAGAUUGUUGCUGUCGUUGGGACUGUGGAAAAUGAAUCUCGGUAUCAGAUGAGUAAAGUGCUAAGAACAACACGAAUCCCCCAAGAUAGGUGA